AUGAUUACUAACAUUUGCACACAAUUUUGCUUCUUCAUUCAUGUGUUAUGGAUGAAAAGUAUUAAAAAUGACAUUUAUUCGAUAACUGUAAAUUAAUUCUGAAGUUGACGUUUAUAGUCCGGAUAUAACAAUGGCUGCGGGCUUGCUGCUGCUGCGGGCGAUUAAAAAUCAUUGAAAAGAAAACCAACCUCGCAUCCGACGUUCAGCCUUCUGUUUAUGUGUUGAAAAAACCCUGAUCACCCAGAGAGGAAAGAAUCUUAUAAUUACUAGCCAACAUCUUUAUUCUAUCGUAAACCUUGCGAGUCUUUCCAUGACCAUAGUAUCAUGCUCGUAAAAUAGUAAGCCCUGCGCGCAAACCUGUCACCGCGCUUUUUUCAUGUUUUUUUUUUCUCAAUCUGCAAGCAGCUGAAUGAUAAGCAGCAACAUGGCGGAACGAUAGGUAGCAGACGAUGGCAGGUGGCUAUGAUUGAAUUUAACGGAAAAAGUGUUUCUCACCUACUGUAAUAAUGAACGAGAAUGCUGAAAAUGAUUGUGCCAAUGAUGAAGACCGUUUUGAGGAUGCGGUUGAUCCUCGUGUACAGAUCGAAUUGGAACGUCUCAAUACUGCAACCGAUGAUAUUAACAAGUUGGAAGUCGAUUUGGACGAGGCUAGAAGAACUUUUAGGGAAUUACUGUGCGAGUCGAGUGUUAAAAUAGAUCGAUUAGCAAAGAACCUCGGAGCUUGCAUAGAAAAAUCAAGGCCUUAUUACGACGCAAGAUUCAAAGCAAAGGAGGCGCUCAGAGACGCUCAGAAAGCAGCUAUCAGGUUUGAGCGAGCCAACGGACAACACGCGGCUGCCAAGGAAAUGGUUUAUUUGGCUGAAGAAGGUCUGAAAACAGAAGGAAGAUGUUUUGAUCAUGCGUGGCAGGAAAUGCUGAACCAUGCGACAUCCAGGGUUAACGAAUCGGAGCACGAAAGAGCCCUCUCAGAGGCUGAACACAGACACACUACUGCCGUUUAUCACAAAGCAGAGCACAACGUACAGAAACUCCAACGCGAGUUGAAGCGCGUCAUUGCCAAAUCCAGUAUGGGUGCACGUCGCAGCUUGCUUCUGAUAAACAGUAUCGCCUACAGGCACACCUUACUCAUGUUACCUUACUACGAGAUGAAAGCGCUGUUCAACCAGAUGCUGGAGGAGCAAAAAACUCGAGUGAGCGUUCUCGAGCGAUCCGUCGGUGAAGCUAAGAUGACUUAUGCCGAGGCACUGAGAAACCUCGAGAGAAUAAGCGACGAGAUUCAUCGGACACGACGUUACGAUGGAACGGAAGAUUAUUCGAAGCACCAAAAAGGAGAGAAGGGAGGAAAAACGGAAUCGAAAAAUUCGGGUGAUCGAGCCACGACAGCGGACGCUCGAAAUUCCUCGGAUUCGAGCAUAACGGGAUCACCGGACAGCACGGAUUAUGCGAGUGAUGAAUAUCUUCGUCUUCCUGAGAAAAUGAGUCCGAAUACAUCGUGUCCAGUUCCACAGAGGAUGGAAAAAGAAAGCACGACCUCAGCAUCGUCGUCGGAGUACUUAGGUUUGAGUAAUCUGAAUUUGUCAUCGAUCGAACCGCGAAAAUACAUAAAGCGUGAGAGGCCUCGUAGCAUGGCAGCCCCAAGUGAUACAAGUAAAUUAGUCAUUUCGAAGGAAGUUCGAACGACGAGUUUGUUAGAUCUUGCGAAGACUGCCGCCGCUGUAUCUCCCGUAGACAAUAGAGAGUCAAAAAUCAACGUAAAUAAAAAGGAAGUUAAAGUCAGUGAAAAAUAUUUACCGAGCUCGAAGGAAGCAGCGAAAGCAACAACAACAACGGCAACAAACGGCAGCGGUGGCGGUGAGGAAUGGACGGAAAUAAGUCUGAACGAUUCACCGGACGAGGUGUUGUUAUUCAACGACGACAAUUACUCGGACGAGGAGGAGGAGAAUCAAAUACCGUACAAACCUUUGCCGAGCGAAUUGAGCCCGGAAAUGGGUAAUGAACGCGCUACCAUUGUAGGGAUAAGGAGCGGAAAAGUAGCGGCCACGGCCACGAACGUUGAUGAGACGAGUCGCGAGCCGAGAAGAAAGAAACAGUUGAUCAAUCAAAAAUCACUGCCAGUCAUGUUGGAAAAGAAUGAACCACCGACGAGUUUCGGUGAGGAAAAUAAACCAUCGGAGGUGAGCGCGAGUCCGUCGAGCAAAGGCAGAGCUAAAUUGGACGGCAGUCUUGCCAAUUGGAUAUCGAGGAGUUCGGCAGCAGGUGAAACGAGCUGCACGAGUUCUGUCAAUUCGAGUCGUCGACAGUCCCUCGAUAUGCUCUGGAGCACCGGAACUGUCGAACGAGCCGCAGAACUGCUGAGUCACGGUAUCAUGAUGCUCGACAUAGGGAAUCUUUCCGAAAGAUUCCGAGGCGAUGGAAAACAGCAACAGAACGUUGAAAGAGUCGAUAAAAAUGAGAAGAACGAGAAGACUGAGGUUGUCAAGGGUAAAAAAGUACCGAGCCCUCUCGAGAAAACUUUGAGCUAUUUGAAUCCCGACGAGGAAACAUCGGACAGCGAGAGUUUGGCGAGCGUGGAAAUGCUCAGCGAGGAUCAAAUAUCGUCCCUGAUGAUGGAGCAAGACAUGAACCAAGUGUGUCAAGAUAUUUUGGGAACUCCUCUAGUCGAGGUGUGUCCCCUGCUGCAACAACUGCAACAGCAACAAUAACAAAAAGCCGCUUUUUAUUUAUUUAUUUAAUAACAAAUUCUCCCUCCGGCGGAGAUGAGUAAAAACGAAUGGGAAAACUAUCGCAUCAUUGAUUCGUCGAUGUUUCCUUCCGUCGAAAUAAUUAGUUGAAUCAACGAAAUAUCGUUGAAUUCAGAGUUUUUUGAAGAUGCUCACAUUCCUAAUUUUAUUUAUACGCUUUUUAUGCUUAAAAAAAAGAAUUUAUAUUUGUUGCCUUCCAUUAUUGUUUUUAACGAGUCGUUAUGGUUGUUGUUAAUUUUAUGGCGGUUAGUUGUGGGAAAAAUGAGUGGGAGCCUAAUUAUUCGAAUGUGUGAGAAUGUUUAUGGAGAAAGACGAGUUUUGGAGCUAUGUACAUUUUCGCGAGUUUCAAAGCUAAAUCAAUCAUUCGAUUAGUCUAAUUGCGAGGAAUAUUGAAGCAAUACUGUCCACUACGUAGUCUAUUGGUAGUAAAUAAAUAGAAAAAUGAAUUCAAUCAAUUUUAAAAUACACGAGAAAGGCUAAUAAUAAUAAAAAUAUCGGAGAUAUUUGUAGUUUUCGUUCGAUUGUUUAGAAAAUUUAGUCGUCUUUGUUCGAUACGUUUCGCAUUUGAUUUUAAGGUACAAAACAUUUAUACAUAUUCAAAACUGAAGCACAGUAAACGCAGCUUGAAUCAUUUUCGCAACUUCAAUGUAGCGAGUCACGAAUUUAUGUAAAGUUUACAGAAAAGUAGCGAAAAUAAUCCAAGUGCGUUUGCCCUUGGAGCUUUAUUUUCAUUCUUGGUCAUGAGCACACGUUUUGUUUAGCUAAUGAACGUCAAACCAAUAUCUCGAUUAACUUGAAUCAUUUUUCUACGACAUUCCUUUCACGUCGACUUUACAAUAUGUUGCACGUAAUUUUACUCUCGAUACAAGGCUUGAUGCACCGAUGAAGAAAAAAAAAAAAAACAUCAAAUGUGGACUAGUACGAAAAAUGUUAUGGCUGCUUUUCGAGUCAAAUGGAUUUACGAAUUCGAAAAUAUUAGAUUAAAUUUAGGAAUACAGGCGGCAAAAAAGCUCUUAUUGCAUCUUGGAUUGUUGGAGUACACCAAAAAUUUCAUUCACUGUCGUCAAAGUUUUUCAAUUUUUCAACAUUCAGCAAUUUUUCAAUUCACUGAUUUCAUUCGGUUGAAAUUCGUAAAAAAAAACUAAAAAGUAUUUCUCAUGAAUUCAAAUUUUCUUUCUUAUUUUUAUAAUUUUUUUGGAAGAAAAUUUCGUUGCAUUCCAACGAUUCAAAUGUCACCGUGAUUAACUAUUCCGCAAGACAAAAAAUAAUACCAGCUUCAAACGAUUAGAUUAUUCGAUUCGUAAGAAUUUUCAAAUAAAUUCCAAUCUUCCAUGUUUAAAAUGGCCGAAAAAAAACAGCAUCGAGAACUUGCCUGAAUAAUCGUUUUAACGAUACUACAUUAGUGAUUCAACCGUUUAAUUAGUGAACGAAAAUUGAUUUAUCCAUUAAUGACGAUCGGUCCGAUUAGCAUGUAAUUAGAAUAAUGCCACUUUAUUAGGUGAAGCACACCCAAUUAAACUAGUCAAUGAAAUGCCGAGCUGAUUGCUUUGUCCAUUCGUACGUCAUCGGCUGGACUUGAUUUUUUUUUUUUUUAGUAAUGUGGAUAAUCGUGUGAUUUCGUUUAAUUAAUUUUUUCACUGUGAAGCCGAGCGAGCUCAGCGAUGCUCAAUGACACACCAAAAACACGUAAUUAUCAUUGUCGAUUAAAAAAAAAAAAACAGCAACACAUUACGAUAGUCAUGUUAUUAUGAUUAAUUAAUAUUACGUGUAAAAUAUUGUAUAUGUGACUGUACCUAUAUGUAUAUACUGCGACUCAUCAUUAAAGCAUCAUUACCAAAUGAA